CGACAAAAUAUAAUAUAUAUUUUUAAUUUGGUAAAUAAUUUAAUGUAAUAUAAUGUAAUAUAUAUAUGUGAUGUGUCGUGUCCUUCACAGCCUCAAAUUUAUUUAUAAUGUACACUAGUACUAGUACUUAGCGACUUUUUUUUUAUUUUGUGUCACAAAAUCACAAAAUCGACAGAUGGCAACCUCACAUGAUCAGAAUCAAAUAUCUUUUUUUAUAUAAAGGUGUCAAGACAAUUUUUUUUUUUCUGAUCCCCGGAGACUAAUAAAAGCUAAAACCCUGACAAUCUACUCUUUUUUCAAUAUUUAGUUUCUUUUCUCUUUGAAAAAAAAAUUUUCGUUCGAAUUUUUUUUUCUCUUUUUUUUUCUUCUUUGCAUUUUAUUUUAUUUUAUUUUUCGCCCUUUUCUUUUUUUUUCUUACUCUUUUCGUAAAAAAAAACACACUUUUUUUUUUUUUCUAUUCGAUCUCUUUUCGAAAAUGGAAACUAUCUAUUUGCCACAACAAUACAUCUCGGCGCCACAAGUAGUUGCGCCUCAUGUCAAUACCAUUUACAGUGAUGUUCCUACAGGAAAUCAAAUAAUCGAUGAACCUUUUUACGGUAUCACGGAUGAAUCAUACUAUCAACAACAAUUUGAUGAUCAGCAAGUUGUUCUUCAAUAUCCUAUGCUAACUCCUCCUAUGGAACAUCAAACAUUUAUUGAUCUUGAAACUUACGAUAUGAAACCUAUUAAUAUCUCACCUGAAUUUGAACAUCCUCAAAUUAUUACUGUGCAUCCUCAUCCUCCUUCUUCAGAGUUGGGAGAUCAUUUAUAUAUUGAACACCAAGAAAUCGAACGACCUGACCUCAAAAUUAUGAUUCCUAAUAAUAAUCAUAAUAAUGGUGAAGAUGUUAAACCUUUUAUUAUUAAAUCUCAACAAUCAUUUCCACCAUCGCCUCCAACUUCUCCUCCAACUCCUCACGCGUCUAGUACUUCAAAUGAUAAACCUAAAAAGAUUACAACCAUAAAUGUUGAAGAGGAUGAUGAUGUCAAAAUUGUUAAACAAGAAAAUGAAGAUGCUGAAAAGGAUCAAAAUGAAUUACCAACUUAUGUUAAUCCAAAACAAUAUGAAAGAAUUCUCAAAAGAAGACUUGCUCGUGAAAGAUUUCAAAAGAAAUAUAAUAUUUCUAAAGAAAGAAAGGUAUGUUUAAAUUAAUAAAAAUAAUUUUUUUAUUUUUUUUUCUUUAAAAAAAAAAAGAAAUAAUUUUUUUUAACACGAAAUUUACCCACUUUUUUAGCCCUAUAUUCAUCAAU